AUGGCUACGGAUUCAAAUGAACGAGAAGCCGACACCCCUGCCCCCGUCGGUGUCCCCAUAGGAGGUGGCAUGACGAGAUUGCCCAACGGGGUGGUCCUGGACAAGGACGGGAAGCCGUGCCGGAGCUGUACUUCGAAAUCCGCAUUUUCAGCAUUCGCAGCCCAGGCGCGACAGGCCAAGGGUCAGCAAGCUCCUCCUCCCGCGACAGCAGCUACGUCGGCCACGACAGCUACGACGACGGCCCAGUCGUCAUGGUCCGAAUGCCCCCCCGACGUCGAGGAAUUGGGACGGAGCUCGUGGACCCUGCUGCACUCCAUCGCGGCGUCGUACCCCAAGACGCCCUCGCCUGCCCAGCAGUCCGACCUGGUCAGCUUCGUGCACCUCUUCUCGCGGCUGUACCCAUGCUGGGUGUGCGCCGAGGACUUCAAGGGCUACAUCUCCAGGGAGCCACCUCAGGCGAAGAGCAGGGACGACUUUGGCAUGUGGCUCUGUCGCGCGCACAAUGAUGUUAAUGUCAAGUUGGGGAAGCCCAUGUUCGAUUGCUCCAAGUGGUUGGAGAGGUGGAAGACGGGGCCGGCGGAUGGGAGGUGUGAUUGA